AUGGCUCUUUACAACUAUCUUCUGUUGGUUACAUUCGUAAGCUUUAUUGUUCUUCUUGAAGCCCACGACCAAUCAGGGUUUUUCAGUAUUGAUUGCGGACUACCAGAUGGUUCAAGAUACACUGAUGAAAUUACAGACAUAAAUUAUAUCUCAGAUGUUGGUUUUGUCGAAACCGGGACAAGCCAUAGCAUAGAUACAGAGUUUCAAACUAGUUCUCUUCAGAGCCAGUUCAACAACUUGAGGAGUUUUCCUCAAGGAAAGCGAAACUGUUACCAUGUUCAACCCCAGCAAGGUAAAGGUUCCAAGCAUUUGAUCAGAACCCGUUUCAUGUAUGGAAACUACGAUGGUCAGCACAAAACACCUGAGUUCGAUCUGUAUCUAGGGGUCAAUUUAUGGGAUUCUGUGAUUCUAGACAAUGAAACUACUAUAAUUACCAAAGAGAUCAUCCACACUCUUGGUUCAGACCAUGUUCAGGUGUGUCUUGUUGAUAAAGGCAGAGGAACACCAUUUAUGUCUGUCUUAGAGCUCAGGCUUCUAAAGAACGACAUGUAUGAGACUCCUCAUGAUAAACUUACGUUAAUUGCAAGACGUGAUGUGGGCUCAAUCAGCAAUAUUUCUGUCAGGUACAAAGAUGAUGCUUAUGACCGCUUAUGGACACCGCGUCAAUUUGAAAAUUUCACUACCUUGAAUACCUCUCUAGCAAUAGACCAGAGUGGCAACAAUAACUUGCAACCACCUCUUAUUGUCAUGAGAACCGCUAAUGCACCAAGAAAGGCCAUCCAGUAUAUCAAUAUGUUGCUUGAACCAAAAGAUCCUAAGGGGAAGUUUUAUAUAUACAUGCAUUUUGCUGAAAUUGUUAAGCUGCAGAGAAAUGAUACAAGAGAGUUCACUAUAUUAGUGAAUAAUGAGCCAAUGGAACCUACUGUGUUUAGCCCUCGCUUCUUGUUUACAGAUACAAUUUCCAACAAGAACCCGGUUAACGGAUCAAGAAUCGAGAUUUCUAUUAGACCAACUAAUAGAUCAACACUACAACCGAUCAUCAAUGCCAUUGAGGUCUAUCAAGUCAAUGAGUCUCUACAAUCACCUACACAUCAAUUAGAUGUGGAGGCCAUUAUGAAGAUUAAGGCCAUGUACAGAGUCAAGAAGGAUUGGCAAGGAGAUCCAUGUGUUCCUAGAGAUUAUUCGUGGGAAGGUCUUAACUGUGAGAAUCCUCCGAGAAUCGCUUCUCUGAACUUAUCCUCCAGCGGGUUGUCUGGUCUGAUUGAUCCAGCCUUCUGCAACCUUACAUCAAUUCAGAAAUUGGAUUUGUCAAACAACAGUUUAAAAGGAAAUGUACUUGAUUGUUUUGCCUAUUUACCGAGUUUAACUGAGUUAAACUUGGAAGGAAACCAAUUAACGGGCUUGCUUCCACCGAAACUACUGGAGAGAUCAAGCACCGGAUCACUCAAGCUAAGGUGUGCUCGUCCUUUAAAGUCUCUUGGAUAUUUUGAAGAAAGCAAUACCAAGAGAGCUACCAUCUGA